GCCACCUCAUGUUUCAGUUGGCACGAUAUUCGAGAUAUCGUGGGUUGUCGAAGGGUCUUUAGCAACCUGCUACUCAGCAAUCCAAGUAUGUCGCCGAUUCACAAUUCCGGGGUUGACUGUCUCAAACUGUUGUUUACACUCGAGAAAUAUACUCAUUUGCAAAUCAAUUUGGUUUUCACGGGAGACUCAAUUGAAUCUCUCGUUUAUGAUGUCCUCCAGCUGGAUGUGCUGCACACAGGCCGCCUCAUGAUUCAUACAAAGAUCCCAACUCCUCUUGCUGUUCAGUAUUCAAGAGAACUGGGUGGUAUAUUACUGUUGUAUUCAGAAGACAAGAAGGCGACCAGAAGGAACUGUGUAUUAACGCAAUUACAAACUUAUAUAUAUGAUUCACUUGUGACCGUAUUUGAUAGUCGAUCCACUCUUCUACACGCCCACAUCGGUUCUCGGGCGGUUGUUCCUUUGUCUCGGUUGAUCAUAGAUGUGUCUGUCUGUGCGCUUGUGUACGGGGUGCCUUGGCCAUCGAACUGGGUCAAUGUCGAUCGAUCAAUAAACACGUCGACAUUGACCCAGUCUAUCAGCCGUUACGAGCGAAAGAACCACACGGCCACGGGACUCGGAGCUAAGAAACCUAACGGCAACCAACGGAGUAAUUGGGUCAAAGGAAGAAAAUCACGAAAAACAGAAGGCCAAUCAAAUGAAAGGAAACGACCGAAUCCCAGCACGUCAACCACAUACAGAACUGCCGAAUUGAACGUACCCAACGAACCAACCAGACACAGGAGGUUGAAACCACGUGAGAUUCACAGAAGACCAAUCAAACUACACGACUACCGUCUCCAGAACUACCAAAUACUGUUUAGAAGCUAUAUAAUCACAGGCAGAAGAGGAGGAAUUCACCCACUAAACCCUGAACUGACGAUGUCACCUCGAUUGGUGAUGAAACGUUUGCAAUCCAACUGCCAAGCUCGGCGAACAGACCAACAACCAAACUAA